UCUGGCGUAUUCCCGCCCUCUUCUGCCGAAGACUCAGCCCGUGCCGGCGGUUCUCCCCUCUACGAUCGAAUCUGCCGUUGUGAGUAUCGUCACGCUCGAAUACCCUCGUGCGCUCGGCAAUCGCUGCUCGUCGUUUGUCUCGAAGCUCCGCUUGCUCACUCGCAGGAGGCGACUCCGUUUUCUUCGGCUUCUCUGCUCUGGAUGAUUGCUAUAAAUUUCAGCAAUUGAUUGCUUCUUCCUGAGUGAAAUUUCUUUGCGAAGCAAUUGGAGUUACAGGAUCAUGUUUUCAGUUUAGCAAAUCCAUACAGGAUCAUGCCAGAGCGAGACGCCAUGGAAAGUUUUCUAAGCACAUUCCUGUCAUCAUCCUGGUCAGAUGUGAAUGAAUCUGCAAACCGAUCAUGGGGAGGAACAAUUGCCUCUCAAACAGAGAAUCUGCUUGCUGACUCUAUGGAAUCAUUUCAAGCUGAUGGAAAAAAAUCAGCAAUGCCAAUAAUUCCAUCAGGUCACAUUAUAGCUGCGGAAGAUUUAUCUAUAGCUCAUGAAAACACAUCAUCUUUUUUUUCUGAUGGAAGUGUGAAAUUUGGCAUCGGCAAAGGGCUUUAUUUGGGGGAAAAUCUUUCACAGAGUCAACAAGCAAGCCACAACUCACAACCAUCCCAUUGUAUUGAGGCUAGUGAAGGGAGGUUCUCAAUACCUGACACAGUUACAUGCAACUCAACAGGAAUAACUUAUGGUCUGGAAUUAAAUUCCUCACUGCCCCAUAGCGCACUAACCAUUUCCAGCUCACUGGAGAACAGUGGCAGUGAACCACCGACAUUUGGGCGAUCAAUUGGAGAGGCACACUCCAUCUCUUCAGUUCCAACGAUCUGGCCAUCAUAUUCAGGCAUUUCUUCUUUAAGCGGACAACAAAAGGUAGAAAACUUCAGCUUUCAAGGCAUUACAAAUGGUGUUGAUUUACUGAGGAACAGUCAAAAUGAACUUUGUUCAAAUUUGGUUACUUUUGCAAGCGGGCAACAUAUGAAAAUGACCAGGGCAAACUCACCACCUCAUAAUCUGGGUACAACUGAAGCAACGAGCCUUCAAUUGCCUUCCUUUUCUGGCGGGUCACAAAUGUCAUUCAGUAAAACAACCGGGAUGCAUACUAAUCCCCAGCCUGAAGGAACUACUCUUCAGCAUCAGUUGGGCCAUUCCUCCAACAGUCAUCAGCACAUGACACAAUCCAAUGCCGUUUGUUGUAAUGUAACUGCCAAGCCAAGAGUGCGAGCACGGCGAGGUCAAGCUACUGACCCUCAUAGUAUAGCUGAAAGGCUUAGAAGAGAGAAAAUUGCAGAAAGAAUGAAGAAUCUUCAGGAACUUGUCCCUAACUCCAAUAAGACUGACAAGGCAUCAAUGCUUGAUGAGAUCAUCGACUAUGUGAAAUUUCUUCAGCUACAAGUCAAGGUCCUAAGCAUGAGCAGGCUUGGUGCAGCUGGUGCGGUUGUACCUCUGAUCACAGAUGUCCAGGCAGAGGAAACUGGGAGCUUGCAUCUAUCAACAAUCAACCAAGGAGUAGAUAUAUUAGAGUCCCAGGACAAUCUAGCGUUUGAGCAGGAGGUUGUGAAACUAAUGGAGUCCAGUGUCACCACUGCCAUGCAAUACCUCCAGAACAAAGGCCUCUGCCUCAUGCCAAUAGCACUUGCUACUGCCAUUUCCAACCAGAAGGGCUCCAUUGCCUCCACCCCCUCCGAUCGAAGAGAGCCGGAUGAUCACGAAAACGAGGCGAAUUGCUUUCCCGGCGUAAUUGCGAAGCAGGAGGAGGUCACCAAGCCAAUGGGCAAUGGGAGGUAACCUGAAUUCAAGUAUGAUAGUUCUUGUUGGUUGAUCUACAGGAAGCUUAAGGAAAUGAUAGGGUUGGUUAUACUGAGUUAUGUUAACAGAUGAUGUAGAUAUUCUCCAGAUAAUUGUUAUUACUAUAGAGCAUAAAUAAUUAGGGGAUAGUUUAAUGAAUUUAUGAUAGAUGAAAACUAGUUCAAUUUA